UUGCGCAGUGUGUAGCUUACGUCAUCUCCCUGCGCCGGAAAAACUGCAAAGAAAUGUCACGUUUUUACCUUCAGAACUAGACAGCGAACUAUCCCACAACAAAUGCUUAGUAUUUAUGAUAUUAAAUGGAAGAUGUUAGCUAGCUAUGUACUGUGAUAUUGAACACUUUAACAGGCAACCAUAGCUACACUUCAUUGCCUGAAUGUUUAUUACGAAAGGAGCACAAUUCAAGUUAAAGUCGAUUGCGUGGUUAUUAAGUCAUCAAGUCGUUGGUAAUUCUCGGUGCUCUUCAAACAUAUGGAUUAAGAAUAUUCCCCCACGGACAGCUUUCCAACUUUUGCGGAAUAUGGCAUCUAAUGAUAGUGGCAAUCAGAAAACAAAUGUGAAGAAACCUAGACCCCCCAAAGAGAUGCUUCGACACGUGAAAACUAGAGAGCAAAGGAAAAAUGUGGACUUGCACGGGCCGUCGACCGUCUACGUACAAGUCAUUGGAGCAGGUAGCCGUGGCAACGGAGCAUCCCUCUACGUCUUCUCCGAAUACAAUCGGUAUCUAUUCAACUGUGGCGAAGGAACUCAGCGUCUGAUGCAAGAGCACAAAGUAAAGGCGGCGCGUCUGGACAAUAUCUUCCUCACUAGAAUGAGCUGGGAGAAUGUUGGGGGUUUGUCGGGAAUGAUACUGACUCUUAAAGACACAGGAGUUCCUGAAUGCCUGCUCUCUGGCCCUCCACAGCUGGAGAAAUUUGUGAAUGCGAUUCGUGCUUUCUCUGGACCAUUGGAAGAAAUCAAGCUAGCUGUCAGUCCAUACACUGCCCCUCCGCAUUCUGAUAACACCAUGACUGUUAGUCAAGUGCCAAUAUUCGCCACGCUGAAAGGGAACGCAGAGCCCCACAGCUCCGGGCCACGCAGUCCCAGCUGCAGUCCCAGCCACUCCCCCCAGGGGGAGCUCACGAGGCCGACAGACGAGGCUGGCGGGUCAGCUGAUGGCAGGGAGGAGAGAGCGGGGAGCCCUGGUAAGUGCUCCGUGUGUUGUCGUGGUUACGGUACUCUGUUUAUGACCCUGGAAAUCUUGGGCAGAAAUUCUCUGUGGGACACUGCACACACAGUAUACUGGACAUUCUUUAGAGAAGUGGCUGAAGGCAUCGAGCACGUGGCUGAACCUGUUGGUUCUGGUGACAGUUGUCGUGGUGACAGUUGUCGUGUUGUGGGGCCUUUCAGAUCUGAGCCUGAUGGUUGUGGUGACGUCGGUUGUCACGGUGACGGUUGUCGUGUUGUGGGGACUUUUCAGAUCCGCCCGGAAGACGUGUGCACUCCCACCGAUCCCGGGCCCGUCUUCCUCGUGGUGGAGUGUCCUUCCGAGGAGUUCGUCCGGCCGCUCUGCACCAAUGAGGUCCUCCGCAGGUAUCAGACUGGCAGAUCUGAAGACUCUGCAGCCUUAGUGGUUCACAUGACCCCCGAGCCCGUGCUGGAAACCGACGCCUACAAGAGCUGGAUGGAGAGGUUCCCGCCCGGCACCGAGCAUUUGGUUCUGAACGAGCACGCCUGCACCGUGCACAACCUCAGGAGCCGCAAGCUUCAGACCCAACUCAAUCUGAUCCACCCGGAGAUCUUCCCCGAGCUGAAGAGCUAUGCUACACAGGGCAAACAGGCUGCCCUGCAUGUACCCAACGUGAGAGCUGAAUGCCUCCUGAAAUACCAGCUCAGACCCAAGUUUGAGUGGCAGAGAGACGCCAUCCUCUCCUGUGAUGCGUCUGACUUUGUCAGAGAAGCAGAGGAGCUCCCGGGCUUCCUGCGGGAGGUGGAGGAGUGCAACCAGAACCUCACGGAUAGUGAGGCCCGGACAGGUCAGUACCGUUUAACGGAUCUCACAGAUAGUGUGGUCAGGACAGGUAAGUACAGACCUCACAGGUAUGGAGGUCAGGGCAGUGAGCAGGACCCAGAGUGGUGGUUUACUGUAGGAACAGUAGUCUUCGCCCUCCCCAUGAAGAUCCGGAGAGCGUCAGUGUACACACUGACAGUAUAUCAGGACAGCUCUUCUCUCAGUCCCACACAGUCUGUGCUGCUGGACUGCGGCGAGGGCACCUUUGGGCAGCUGUGUCGUCACUAUGGCAACAAGGUGGACGAGGUCCUGACCAAGCUGUCCACGGUCUUCGUCUCCCACCUGCACGCGGACCACCACACGGGGCUGCUGAACGUUCUGCUUCAGCGGGAGAAGGCCCUGAGCAGCGAGGGGAAGCCCUUCACCCCUAUUUACCUGGUGGCCCCAGUGCAGAUCCAGUCCUGGUUGCACCAGUAUAAUGACCACUGCCAGGAGAUCAUGCACCACAUCAACCUCGUGCCUGCCUGGCUCCUGACAGAGGGGGUGGAGGUUCACAAAAACAAGACUAAGGCUGCCAUCCAAUCAAUGCUCAGGAAAUCUGACUUGGAAAAGUUCCAGACGUGUGUGGUGCGUCACUGCAAGAACGCCUUCGCCUGCAGCCUGACGCACCGGUCCGGGUGGAAGCUGGUGUUCUCCGGCGACACCAUGCCCUGCGACGCCCUGGUGCACAUGGGGAAAAAUGCCUCAUUGCUUAUUCAUGAGGCAACUCUGGAGGAUGGCUUGGAAGAAGAGGCUGAGGAGAAGAGACACAGUACGACGUCUCAGGCGAUUGGGAUUGGGGUGAAGAUGCAGGCUGAGUUCAUCAUGCUGAACCACUUCAGCCAGCGCUACGCCAAGAUCCCGCUCUUCAGCGCUGACUUCAGCGACAGGGUGGGCAUCGCCUUCGACCACAUGAGGGUGCGCCCGUCAGACCUGCGGGUCCUGCCCAAGCUGACCCCGCCCCUGAAGGCGCUGUUCGCGCAGGAGAUCGAGGAGAUGGAGGAGCGGAGGGAGAGGAGGGGGCUCAGGCUGAUGAGGGAGGCUGCCCUGGAGGUGCCUGUCAACGGCCAGGGAGCGGCGGGCGUGGCCGGACAGGGCGUGGCCACCGAACGGGCGCGCGAAGCGUCGAAUAAACGGGAGCCGGAGGAAGAAGCGGAGCAGGAAAACAGCAAGAGACGGAAAGCCAGCUGAGUCGGAGUGGUGUGGGGUGGGGGGGGGCGGGGUUAGGGGGGGUGGGGUGGCGGGGUUAGGUUGGGUUGUGGGGAGGGGGUUAGGGGGUACGGGCUACUGUACUAUGGGGGCGCCGCUGUACCUUAACUUUCAGAACUCUCAGAAUCUGUUGAGUGACCCAUGCCAUGUGAUCUCAUUAAUUAUUUAAAUGAAAAAAGAUUAUGGGAUUAUUUUGUAUUUUACACGACCGGUGUGGAGGAGUCUUUUGUUGGUACAGAGUCCCUCUGUACCCUGGGAUGUGUGACUACUGAGGUCUUUACACCAGGAAUGCAGGAUGAAUUAUUUUGGUUGUUUGAAGUGGCUGCUGGAAAAUUUCCGAUUUGCUGGUUUGCUUUUAGUUGCUUGUUAAUAAAGCUUUAUUUAUUAAAUUUUCUUCCUUCACAAAAUUGUGUUUCGAAUUGAGCAAAUAAAUACUGGGACAUAA